GUUCGACUCACGGAUCGCAGUUGAGUACCAAUAGUUUUUCAAGCGAGUGUUCCGAUUUCAGUCGUGCUUUGAACGUCGUUUGCCUCUUAACCAUUGUGAUUGAUGUCAAUACUGUGAAAUCUCACCCUCAGACUGAAUUGAAGUGGAAACAUGUGCGAUCAGAAUUCUGCCUCGACGCAGAGCAUUGCCGACUAUCUGGCACAGUUGCUGAAGGACCGGAAACAACUUGCCGCUUUCCCCAACGUUUUCCUUCACGUGGAAAGGCUUCUAGAUGAAGAAAUAGCCAAAGUCAGAGCCAGUUUAUUUCAAAUAAAUGGCGUGAAGAAGGAGCCAUUGAUUCUGCCGGAGCCCGAUGGGCAAAUCACAACCCUCACAGAGAAAGUCUACGUUCCAGUUAAGGAACAUCCAGACUUCAACUUCGUGGGAAGGAUCCUGGGGCCUCGAGGCAUGACCGCCAAACAAUUAGAACAAGAAACGGGCUGUAAAAUCAUGGUCCGGGGGAAGGGCAGCAUGAGGGAUAAAAAGAAGGAGGAUCAGAAUAGGGGCAAACCGAACUGGGAGCAUCUUUCCGACGAGCUUCACGUUCUUCUCACGGUGGACGACACUGAAAACAGGGCGCAAAUCAAACUAGCUCGAGCUGUAGAAGAAGUCAAAAAACUACUAGUGCCUCAAGCUGAAGGCGAAGACGAACUGAAGAAGAGGCAACUGAUGGAGUUGGCGAUCAUCAACGGCACCUACAGAGAUUCCAGUUCCAAAGCUGCGUCAGCUACAGUCUUCUGGUUAAGCCCGAGUUCAGUCUCCACUGAUGUAGACCUCUCAACUCUUGCAGCCGCCGACGAAGAGUGGCGGCGAGUGGCCGCCGCCGCUGUGGAAACUCAGCGACUUCUCUCGCCGGGCAUGCCCGGUUUAGGCUCGCAAAUGCGGGCUCCAGCGACUCCUUUGGGCGCUCCAUUGAUACUCAGCCCUCGCAUGUCUGUGCCGACGACAGCCGCCAGCAUUCUCAAUGGAUCUGCGCCGCCUGGUUCAUGCUACAGGUCCCUCUUGUCGACUGGAGACCCGCACGGGCUGAUUUAUGCGCCCUAUCCAGACUACACGAACUACACCGCUCUAGCAGCCAGCCCCCUGCUGACAGAAUACGCCACUGCUGAUCAUUCGGGUGCGUCAGCUGUUGCGAAGCAACGGCGUCUUGGACAGAUUAGAGAGCAUCCCUAUCAGAGGGCCGGAGCACUCUCUUAAAUUGCUCUUUCGACAGUUAACCAAUUAUUGGGCCAGCUUUAAGAAGGUGCUAACCAAACACACGUCACCCCACCCGUUGUCCAAUUAAGCCAACCCAAUCGACUAACCCGUCUUCGUGGAACCCAUCAAAGGGGAACCAUGUUGUGCCGGAUAAUUGCUAGACUUAUGGGGUAGCGGUAUGUCAGUUAACUUAACUACAUCACUAACCAAGAGCUGUCGAACCUCCUGCAAAGGGACAAUUUUUUUCAUUGUUUUUACUUAUAUCUAGAGCUAUCAGCUAACUGAGUUCGAUGGCUCUUGAACCACUAACUUUUCUAUUUUUGUCUAAUUUGUGAUCAUAUUUUUCAACUUGAUUCACCGUAUUAUAAGCAUAUAUGGACUACGAAUGCGGAGUACGGUUUACAGGCAAAUUAUUUUUAAUUUUAACUAAAAGCAUGUUUUGGACCAAGUCGUGCUGUAAACCUUCUCAACAGUUGUAGUCCAGAUAAAGCAAGCAAUACUCGAUUUGAAAUCUUAACAUAUGCAGAGCUAAAUGCGGCUUUUCAAUUAAAAGUGUUUAUGUUGAGGUGUUCAAUUCCAGUAGUAAUGGAAGUAGUUUUUCAUUUCACUUUUUCAGCUAUUAUGCAACGGCUGGCUUCGUCAAGCAGUCAAUACGACUGGUAAAGUAAAAGCUAGAUUAUUCAAACCCGAAUCUCAUUUUAUCAUUGAUCGUUGUUAUGAUAUUAAGUAUUUUUGCAUUGUUUUAGAUGUUUGUUGAUCUUUUAUUUUGCCGGUGCAAUAUUACGUUGCUAAACACAAUCUAGCUUUAGGUUCAAAAACUUAAUCUUAAUUUCUACUAAUACUUUUUAUUAAAGUACAAACAAUUUUUGAGUGCCAAUUUCUUGAAAAUGUAUCGAAUAUUGAUAGAUAUGAGUGUGUAUCAACUGAUGGGCAACAGGAAAAAUCUAUUCGUUAACUGAAGUGACUUUUUCGAAAUCAAUCGGCCGCAGUUUGUAAAUACUUGGAAUAAUUUCAAAGUUUGUAGAUUUUUCCGAAUCCCGUCGUUGGGCACGCAAUUUUUAGCGUUAACUAAUCAAUAGGAAAGGUACGUAUUAUGUUAUUGUGAGUUGCGUAACGGAAGCAAUACUUCAAAACACGUCGUUUACAAAAACAAGCUACAAGCCAAAAAAACUAGUUUUGUACUGAGGCUUGUAUGAUUUUCUUUCUCGACAGUUAUUAUUUUCCGUCCUGGCUUAUUUCUAUUACUUGAAGGCAAUACGAUUAAAUACUCGCGAGUUUAUGUGCAAUAAACAAGCAAUAUUCGCAGAAUCUGUAUAUUAUUAGUCGAGCCAAGGAUAGGCGUUAGGUGUUUUGAGUUUUACGUAAUUUCUCUUGAUCAAGUGCAAUCUCAAUUUUCAAACGGUCGGUUUUCAUGUAAAUUGAGGGAAUGCGAAACGUGGGCCUACAAUCAACAAGGAUUUGGACGUGUGCGUUUCAGUUAUUCACUCAAUAUUUAUUAUGUUAUACUAAAUGUAAAUUAAUAUAUUAAAUGUUGUACUUAUAGUUUUUAUAGCAACUUUGAGCGAUUAUAGUGCAUUGUUACGUUAAGAAUAUUAAAAAGGCCAAUAACACAGUGAAUUGACGCACAAAUAGUUAAUGGUAUUUUAUGAAAUUUAACUGAGCGAUAUUUGAGCGACGAUUAUUUGCUAACAUCAUUGCAUAUCAAGCGAAACGAAGACAGUUUUAACUUAGGAAAAGUUCGGAGAUUAAUGCACGUUCAACAUCCAAGAUGUUUACAAGAAUAGAAGCCAAAUAUCGCUUGAAUGACUGCAACUGGUUGUUCAAACCCACCCGGAAGGAUAGACAUCGAAUAUCCAAUUACUUUAUCUAAACAAAAUUGAUAUAUUUAUAUUGUAAGAUUUAUUGUGUCAUAUUAUUAUACAUAUUAUCGAUAGACAUUAAAAGUGCCUUAAUCUUAUUAAAUCUAGCGCCAACCAAGAAUGUUUUGGAUCAAGUUAAUGUUAUUGUUUUACAUAAAAACCGGAUUAAGCGAUUUUCAGAGUGGUUUAAAUAAACAAUAUUUCGCGCAUA